ACGAGUGUGCUAACGAGUGUCUUCCUCAGGGUCUUAACGAGUGUCUGAACAAGGGUGUUAACGAGGGUGUUAACGAGUGUCUAAAACGAGCGUCUUAACGACGAGUGUCUUUACGAAGAGUGUCUUAACGAGGGUCUUAAUGACGAGGGUCUUAAGUAUCUUAAGGAGGGGUCUUAACGAGGGUCUUAACGGGAGUCUGAACAAGUGUUUUAAUGAGGGGCUUAACGAGGGGCUUAACAACGAGGGGCUUAACGAGGGGCUUAACGAGUUAACGUAGAGUUAAUUGGUGAAUUGAUGUUCCUGUUAGCGAGGGUCUUAACAAGCGUCGUAACGAGUCUCUAAACAAGGGUCUAAACGAGGGUCUUAACGAGGGUCUUAACGAGCCAACGUAGAGUUAAUUGGUAAAUGUAUGUUUCUGUUAACCAGGGUCUUAACAAGCAUCUUAACGAGCUGACGGAGAGUUAAUUGGUUCAUUUCUGUUUUGUUUCUGUUUGUGUUUCAGCUCACCGGACAGCCGGUUCUGAUUGGAGGAACGAUGGGAACCUGCAGCUACGUCCUGACCGGCACAGAGAAGGGCAUGACGGAGACCUUCGGGACCACCUGUCACGGAGCCGGUCGCGCUCUGUCCCGGGCGAAAUCUCGCAGAAACAUCGGCUUCCAGGACGUUUUGGACAAACUCGCCGAUCAAGGAAUCGCCAUCAGGGUCGCCUCGCCAAAACUGGUCAUGGAGGAGGCUCCUGAAUCGUACAAGAACGUGACGGACGUUGUGAACACGUGUCACGACGCAGGAAUCAGUCAGAAGGCGAUCAAACUGCGACCGAUCGCCGUCAUUAAAGGAUGAAUACUGCACGACGUUAAAGACUUUAACCACAAACAGGAAGCUCGUUAAGGACAGGAAGCUCGUUAAGGACAGGAAGCUCGUUAAGGACAGGAAGACUUCUGAGCGGGGAAGCAGAAGAUACUUCGCUUUUUUUUUGUUUCAUUUCUGGAGUCAAAUGAAUUUAUGUGCAAGAAAUGAAUUUAAUUUCUAACCUGAAAAGAAAAUGUAAAAAUAUUCUGUUCAUGCCAAAUAAAAAAUAUCACUAAAAGCUGAAUUACAGAAA